UUUGCCGCUCCUCCUCCUCCACCCUCCCGAGAGCUCCGAUACACCACCUGACUCGAGCUCUUCUUUUGCGUGAGCAAAGCGCACAGAGAGAGAGAAGAAGGAGAGGGGAGCGGCCCGUUUCUCGCCGCCCACCUUCCCCUUCGCCGGUUCGCCUGCGCCGCGGGUACGGUACCAGCCACCGCUCGUCCAUGGCGGCCCCUCCUUCCCUCCCUCCCUCCCUCCCUGCUGCUGUUCCUGCCUUCCAUUUGCUUCUGGAUUCCGGAGGCGUUCUUCUGGCUUCAGUUCACGGCGACUCCUCUCGUGUUCUUCUCCUUUGGUUCUGGUUCUGGAGGUGGUCUGUCGCUUCGUAGGUGUCGAUCGGUCCUGGUGACUGAUCGUUUCCAUUUGCUCUUCUCAUUCUGGAGGCUUCUUUGCGCCCGCCGUUAAUGGCGCCACCAUUUGCUUCGCUUCACUGGUCCCCUCGCUGUUCUUUGGUUUACUGGCGAUUACUAUACUACGUUUACAUGCUGAUCAGCGGCAGUCUGAUCCUCCUCCUCCUCCUCUCGAAAAGAAAAGAGAACCAAAAAACAGACACCGGAUUGUUAAAAUAUAGUAUAAUUUCGCUGAUUUUCUAUGCCGGGUCGGGUGGUGUCAGAGCCAUGUCUUUUUUGCAUGGGGCCUCCAACUCCAACCCUCUGUCUGCUCUGCCUGUUAUUUUAUUUUUCUACUUACUUCUGCUUCCGUGCACCCUCGUAAACACAACACUCGGCCCUCUGUGUUCCCUCUCCCCACUGCCACUCGGGCCUCACGUUUCGGGCCCGGUGGCCCGCGCGUCUUACCACACGACAAGAUUGCUUACCCCUGUGCUGUCGUGAUUGCAGAUGAGAAGCAGCGCACCGGCGGCGGCGUGAACCUCUCCGCUCCCCGGGGAAGAAAGGAGGAGGAGGAGAAGAGGAAGAGAGGAGGGCCCAAGCCCAAGCCCAAGCCCAGGACCAAUGGAGCAGCGCUACCGACCGGGCGGGGCCGCUGAUGACACAACUAAGAGAAGGACCACCAAAACCAAAAGUUUCAAAGAUGUUGAAAGCUAUGAAGUUCUUGUCCUUGAGAAGAACUGCGGUUGCAAGUUCAAAUCUUUGCGCUACUUGCUUAUAGCUAUUGUUUCUGCGACAUUUCUUACCCUCCUGACUCCGACGUUGUAUGAGCGCCAACUACAAUCAAGUUCACGGUAUGUGGAUGUUGACUGGAUAUGGGACAAAACCAGUGCUGAUCCGCGAUAUGUAUCAUCUGCUGAUGUUCAGUGGGCUGAUGUAUAUACAGCUAUAGAAGAUCUUAGUGCUGGUAACCAAAAGCUCAAAAUUGGACUCCUGAAUUUUAACAGCACCGAGUAUGGCUCCUGGUCGCAGAUACUCCCUGAAAGCCAUGUUUCAAUUAUAAGACUUGAGCAUGCCAAGGACAGCAUUACUUGGCCUACACUAUACCCAGAAUGGAUAGAUGAGGAGGAAGAAUCUGAGAUACCUUCCUGUCCAUCAUUUCCAGAGCCUAAUGUCCGAAGAGGCGCAUGGUUCGAUGUUAUUGCUGUGAAACUUCCCUGUACAAGGGUGGCGGGUUGGUCGAGAGAUGUUGCAAGGCUUCAUUUGCAGCUCUCAGCGGCAAAACUGGCCGUGUCCUCUUCAAGAGGCAACCGGAUGGUCCAUGUGCUUUUUGUGACGGACUGCUUCCCCAUCCCUAACCUCUUCCCCUGCAAGAACCUUGUGAAACAUGAAGGCAAUGCUUGGUUGUAUAGACCUGAUUUGAAAGCAGUAAGGGAAAAGCUUAGGCUUCCUGUUGGAUCAUGCGAGCUUGCUAUUCCACUUAAAGCAAAAGCAAGACUUUUCUCAGUAGAUCGAAGAAGAGAAGCCUAUGCCACGAUACUGCAUUCAGCAAGUGAAUAUGUGUGUGGUGCUAUCACAGCAGCUCAGAGCAUCAGGCAAGCAGGAUCAACUAGGGACUUGGUCAUCCUUGUUGAUAACACCAUAAGUGAUCACCACCGGAGGGGCUUGGAAGCCGCUGGCUGGAAGGUCAGGAUAAUCGAAAGGAUCAGGAACCCAAAAGCUGAGCGUGAUGCCUACAAUGAGUGGAACUACAGCAAGUUCAGGUUAUGGCAGCUGACCGACUACGACAAGAUCAUAUUCAUAGACGCUGACCUCCUCAUCCUGAGGAAUGUGGACUUCCUGUUUGCAAUGCCAGAGAUCACUGCAACUGGCAACAACGCGACCCUCUUCAACUCGGGUGUCAUGGUCAUCGAGCCCUCAAACUGCACGUUCCAGCUGCUGAUGGAGCACAUCAACGAGAUAACAUCGUACAACGGCGGUGACCAGGGGUACCUGAAUGAGAUAUUCACAUGGUGGCACCGCAUCCCCAAGCACAUGAACUUCCUGAAGCACUUCUGGGAGGGCGACAGCGAGGCAGCCAAGGCGAAGAAGACCCAGCUGUUUGGCGCCGACCCGCCAAACCUCUAUGUGCUUCACUACCUGGGCCUGAAGCCAUGGCUGUGCUUCAGGGACUACGACUGCAACUGGAACAACUUCAUCAUGCGUGAGUUUGCAAGCGAUGUCGCGCACAACCGUUGGUGGAAGGUGCACGACAAGAUGCCCCGGAAGCUCCAGUCCUACUGCCUUCUGAGAACAAGGCAGAAGGCUGGGCUGGAGUGGGACCGGAGGCAGGCCGAGAAGGCGAACCUGGAGGACGGGCAUUGGCGGCGGAACAUCACCGAUCCGAGGCUCAAGACCUGCUUCGAGAAGUUCUGCUUCUGGGAGAGCAUGCUGUGGCACUGGGGCGAGGCCAAGAACCAGACCAAGAGCAUCCCCGCGCCUACCACGACGAGCUUGUCAUCAACCUCGUGAGCUGUGUAGAUAACCCGAGAUAUUUAUACAGAAGAAAGCUUUAUAUGUAUAGCACCGUACCUGCAUAGCGGCAGCUUGUAUAGGUAGCUACUAUGCUUAGGCCUUCCCCACACAAAUACAAACCCUCCUCUGUUGGCUGUUGCCGCCCUCCUGGCUGCAGCCUUGGUGGCCAACAAUUCUUUUGGGUUUGUUUAGCUAAUAAGUUAUCUGUGCAUGUAAAUUCUCUUACUAAGAACACGGAAUGUUUUUUCACGACAAGGAAAGCUAAUGGCAGUAGUACCCUCUCAGUUCCAAGUUA